CUACGGCUUCAACAUGUUGACAGAAUUCACCAGCUGAACUGAGCUCCUCAGGAAUCUACAAUCCAAGCUCUAGAUUUGCUUUUAAUUUCUUUCGUCUUGAUAUUAUUAGACUCACUUAGGCAAAAUGACCAGCAAAAUCAUUUCAGUGUGUGUUAUUGUUUUCCUGGCAUUUCUGACCAUCAUUGAAGGAAUGAGCUUGAGAGGUCUGGCUGUAGAUCCACGCUGUCGCUGCAUUGAAACAGAAAGCCGACGCAUUGGAAAACACAUAAAGAGUGUGGAGCUCUUCCCUCCAAGCCCACACUGUAAAGAUUUAGAGAUCAUUGCCACCUUGAUGACAACUGGACAGGAGAUCUGUCUGGACCCCUCUGCUCCAUGGGUUAAGAAGAUCAUUGAUAGGAUCAUUGUCAACAGAAAACCAUGAAUGCCCGGAUCACCUGUGAAGUCAAGUUUGAUGAUGUUCAUACGUCAGACAUUUCAUUUUGUACCAAUGGAUACAUUUUUAUAAAUAUAUAGAAAAAAAUAUAUAUAUAAAAUUUUAUAAUGUUAUAAUGUAUAUGUGUGUAUUUAAUGAGUGUUGUUCACAUAAAUCCUGCAUUUAUAUUUAUGUAUUUAUUUAUUUUGAUUAAUAAAAAGAUUUUGUACAAAAA